AAUGAAGGUCAUCACUUGUGAAAUAGCAUGGCACAACAAAGAGCCGGUGUAUAGCUUAGACUUCCAACAUGGAACUGAAGGGAAAAUCAAUCGACUGGCCUCAGCAGGAGUAGACACUGCUGUUCGUAUAUGGAAAGUGGAAAAAGGACCAGAUGGGAAAGCAAUUGUGGAAUUCUUAUCAAAUCUAGCUCGCCAUACGAAAGCAGUGAAUGUUGUGCGUUUCUCUCCCAAUGGUGAGGUUUUAGCAUCAGGAGGAGACGACGCUGUGAUUUUAUUGUGGAAAUUGAAUGAUAACAAAGAACCAGAGCCAAUAGCAUUUCAAGAUGAAGAUGAAGCUCAGCUGAACAAAGAAAAUUGGACAGUAUUUAAAACAUUAAGAGGCCACUUAGAAGAUGUGUAUGAUAUUUGUUGGACCCCUGAUGGAAACUGUAUGGCCUCUGCCUCAGUAGAUAACACAGCUAUAAUGUGGGAUGUCAACAAAGGACAAAAAGUUUCAAUUUUUAAUGAACACAAGAGUUAUGUACAAGGAAUAACAUGGGAUCCUAUAGGCCAGUACAUUGCAACUCUUAGCUGUGAUAGGGUGAUGCGAGUGUACAGUACACAGACUAAACGUGUAGCAUUCAAUGUUACCAAGAUGCCAUCAGGAGCUGAAGGGGAGGUAAGAAGCUAUCGGAUGUUUCAUGAUGACAGCAUGAAAUCAUUCUUCCGUAGGCUUAGUUUUACUCCUGAUGGCUCUUUACUUCUCACUCCAGCUGGCUGUGUUGAAUCAGGAGAGAAUGUAACAAACACUACGUAUGUUUUUUCAAGAAAAAAUCUUAAAAGGCCCAUAGCUCACCUGCCCUGUCCCGGAAAGGCAACUCUAGCUGUUCGUUGUUGUCCGGUCUACUUUGAGUUGAGACAAGCACAUAAUAAAGAUGCAGCUUCACAGAAGUCAGUCCCUGCUUUAAUAAAUCUGCCCUAUCGGUUGGUGUUUGCUGUUGCUUCAGAAGAUUCUGUACUUUUCUAUGAUACACAGCAGUCCUUUCCCUUUGGUUAUGUAUCCAACAUACAUUAUCAUACUCUGAGUGAUAUUUCAUGGUCCAGUGAUGGAUCAUUUCUUGCUAUUUCUUCCACGGAUGGAUACUGCUCUUUUGUGACAUUUGAGGAAGAUGAACUUGGAGUACCAUUGAAAGAGAAACCUGUGCUGUGUGUCACAACCCCUACUACAGCAGAGAAGAAAAUGAAGAAGAGUCAGUCACACAAGGUUGUCACCCCAGUGCCUAGGUCAGUUGAUGGAACCCCUCCGAACAGGACCAUGGAUCCGAGUAAUCUCACUCUUCAGACUAAAACACCAGCAGCAAUAGUAACCAACAAGGAUUCUUCUUCAACACCUGUUAGCAUAAAAAAUAUUCCAGUUUCAUCCUCAGAUGAGAAGAAACCCAUGCAGCCAGCCAGCCAGAGUGCUAAAGUAAACCAACCAAGGAGGAUUACUUUAAAUGCUUUACAAGGUUGGAGUAAGACGCCAAGGAGAAUAAACUUGAUUCCUCUGAAGACAGAAACUCCGAACUCAACACAUACAAAUCUAGUCUCCACACAUUCUUCCUCAGAAGCAAUUCAACAUGAGAUCCCUUCUCCCUCUGAUGAUCCUGUGCACAAUCCCCCAGCAUCGAAACGUCCCAGAACUGAUGAAACUCCUUUCUCUGCAUCGCCUGAAGACCAAACCAGCUGUAAUUCAAACAACUAAAGUCCAAAAUUUCAAAAAACUCACUGUUUGGGGGCAAUGCAAAUAGACCAGAAUGUAAAUUUCCUGUCUGCAAGUGAUAGAUUUUCAGCAGCUAAAUAGAGUAUUAAGGUGUCCUGACAUAAGGUGCUGUGGAACAAAGGUAUCUGGAGAGAAAAGACAGUUUCUGAAAAAUUGCAGCUGUGGGAAAGUUAAAUUCUGACUAUUUUCAUUAUGGCUGUAUUAGCCUUUGAAGACUACUUUCUAAACAAAAAAGUGUCAGCCACAUGAUAAAGCAUAGUGUUUUCAGGCAAUAUUGGUAUAGAAAUGUUAGGACAACCUAAGAGUCU